AUGCCGACGGUGUUUCUAGCCCGAUUGCCAGUUCCCAGUUUCCGAGUUUACACCGUAAUUAGUGUUGCUAUAUGGUCAUGUUCGGUUUAUUAUGCAGCCCAGAUAGUUAAGGAUCCUGGAUGGCGCUCAAAUAAUACUCCGAUUACCCUAAGUGAUCAAAAUAAUAAUGGAACCGAAAGCGGGAAUGGUUCAAAUGACUCGAGGACACCGGGUAUGCACUUGAAAGAACUUCUUGCCUGUAUGAUUCAAGAACCCGUUUGCUUUUGGCCAUUAAUGAACAUUGCUUACUGCGCGUUGAUUCUUCUCGGGAAAACGAUUCAAAAAUUUGUCUUCGGAGAACUAAGAGCAUCGGAGCGACAGCAUCUAAAAGAUAAAUUUGGAAAUUUUAUAUUCUACAAGUUCAUAUUUGUGUUUGGUGUUCUGAACGUUCAAUAUGCUGAUGAGAUCGUUUUAUGGUGGGCUUGGUUCACUGCACUUGGAUUUCUGGGUCUUCUCAGCCAGCUCUGUAAAGAUCGAUUCGUUUACUUAUCCUUUUCGCCAACAACACCCGGAUGGAGUCACGCACGUCUUCUCGGCUUACUCGCGGCGAUCCUGGCUCUAUCCUUAUUUAUGCUACUUAUAUCGACAGCAGCAGCCUUAUUUUUUGUGUCCUUCAAUACUUAUGCGUUUAUGGCAGCUGAGUGUAUCCUGCUGGCAGUUCGUACAACUCACGUAAUGCUGCGAUACGCGAUUCAUCUUUACGACACGAGAUCAUCGCCCCGGUCAUCAGACAAACGUGGACCGCUGGCUUAUUACACGGAAUUAAUUUGCGAAUUAACUGUUCUCGCAGUUGACUUUCUUCACCAUGUUCACAUGCUGUUGUGGAGCAACAUUUUACUAAGCAUGGCGUCACUUGUAAUAUGCAUGCAGUUACGCUUCCUAUUUCAUGAGAUUCAACGUAGAAUUACUAAACACAGGAACUACCUUGCAGUAUUAAACCAUAUGGAGAAAAACUAUCCAAUGGCCGCACCAGAAGAACUAGCCGAAAAUUGCGACAACUGCGCAAUAUGUUGGGAGAAAAUGGACUCAGCCCGAAAAUUGCCAUGCAGCCACUUGUUCCACAACUCCUGCUUGCAAUCUUGGCUGGAACAAGACACUUCGUGUCCGACAUGCAGACUGACAUUGAGCAUGCAGGCUAAUAGACGCGAUAGCACAGUAGAAUUAAGAGUAGAGUCACCCGAAUCACAGACCUCAGUUGGCAGAAAUGACAAUCACUUCUUUCACUUUGACGGCUCGCGGUACGUGUCUUGGCUGCCGAGUUUUUCUGUCGAAGUUACGCAUAAUCGUCUGCGAGGUGACAUUCUUACCUUGGCACACAGCAAUUCUCAGCUGGAUGCAAUGGCAAGACAAGUAUUACAGUUAUUUCCUCAUUACCCGCGGAAUGUUGUAUUAGAAGACUUGAGAAUCACCAGAUCUGUCGAGUUAACCGUAGAAAAUAUCUUAGACGGUAGAUUAACGCUGCCGCAUCAUGUGAUUGGCGAGAUCGAACCUGAAACUUCGACUCAAACUCAAACUAGUAGUAAUCAUAUUUUACCUAGUCCAGUUACUUCAAAGACAAUGUCACCAAGUAAAGAUAUUAUUCAAAUAGUGGAAAAUCAAACUGAAGAACCAUCAACUGUUGGCGGAAGAUUUUCAAAAUGUUCAAGUGAACGUGAGCGAAUAUUACACCGUCGUAAAGAGCAUAUGCUUCUGACAGCAAGACGAAAAUAUCUUGAGAAACACCGAAAGUCUGAAGUUGAGUCAACAUCAUCUGGAAUUUGUUCUGACAAUUUAAUAGAGUCCAGAUCUUAA